AUGGUUGGUAUCGGUAGGGGGCCAGUGGGACACUCUGGGUUGCUAGGUAAGAGGGCGAGAACGAGAGGGAAAGAGGAGUGUGCGUGCAUGGUGCCCCCAACCAACCAACCGUACGAAAGCUUUCCCCAAGAGAUCCAUCCAAUUCAUUCGGGACAUAGAGCUCGAGGAUCUGAUCAACAACCAUUGUACCUAUGGUACUGUACAGCAGAAGCUCACUCUUUGGUACCGAACAGCGUGCUUCCUGGUAGGGAGUUCGGAAGAUGA